GACACAACGAUCAACAGAUCUCCUCGAGUCCUGAAAAAACUUUCCAAAGUUUCGCCUGCGUCUACCGAUGAUAUACGGGGAAUUACAUACAUGAAACUCGGCGCGGUGUACGACAUACAUCGCAACAUGUUGAAUGAUAGAGGUGAGACCAAUCCACGUAACAGAUAUUUGAGAGUACAUCAUAUCGAAUUGGACAAUAAUAAGGGGUUAUUUCGGUUCCUGGCUUGAGGCUGUUCAUGGGCAAUUCGUCGUCUCGCAAGUUUGAGCCUCCGAACACACUUUUAUAUCAAAACAUUUUAGGGAAGAAGUCACCGGGUUUAGACCUCCCAGCAUGGCAACUACGAUGGAUGCCCAGAUAAGUCAACAAGAUGACUUAGGUCACGAUACAUUGAUGGGAUUUCAAGAAUUAGAUUCCCACCUUGCUAUAUUUGAGUCUACGGAGAACCGAAGAGAUUCAUCUACUCCGGGUACUAUAUCUACUCCUGGCUUCGAUGCAACAAUCGACACCAUUGAAUCGCAACCUGCUUUUGAGAAUUUUGAGCAUACCAUUGUCGUUGAUACCUCGACUGAUCAUUUCCAAUCUGAUAUCAAAUCCCGUGCCAGGGUCAUUAAAGACCCUAAACCUAGUACUAACGGCGAUAAGAAUAGAGCUGCACGCCAAUUAAAACACGCGUCGGAUGGCAACAUACACCUACAGCCCGAAAGCGCUCGAGAUUCUUUGGCCUCUUCAAUGACUACAGAUCAUGAUGAUGGUUCCUCUUCACUUUCCUCAUUGUCAAGCCAUCCUAAUUCUCCAACAGUCGAUAAAAACUCCGGGGUGGUUACAAAGGCAUCAUCCUUGGAUGGAACUAGACCAAAAUAUAAUGUACGUCCGAAAGAAUCGAUACCUACGGAUGUUCAUCCAGCAGAAUAUGCCAGACAAUGUAUUGCAGCAGCCGAAUCGUCACGACUCAGUCCAUACACUCUACAUCCAGAGGAGUAUCAUAUGUUACGUAGGCACAUAAGCCAUCAGCAGGUCACGACGUAUCUCAAUAUCAGAAAUGGGAUACUCCGGCUCUGGACACGUAAUCCCUCGAUACAUGUAAUGAGAGAUGAAGCUAUUGGUUGUGCAAGAGACACCCGUUGGUUUGAAGCUGCUCGUGUUUGUCACGAAUGGCUAGCUCGGCGUGGUUAUAUCAACUACGGUUGUCUCGAGAACCCAGAGUCUAAGAUAGAUAAAAGCGAGACGCAAAAAACCGGACCUAGGCGUACCAUCGCUGUCAUUGGAGCUGGUAUGUCUGGUUUAGGUUGCGCUAGACAAUUAGAAAGUCUUUUUGCCCAAUUCGAACAUCGUUUUCAUGAAAUGGGCGAGACAUUACCUCGUGUAGUCAUAGUUGAAGGCAGAGACCGAGUUGGUGGAAGAGUGUACUCUCACCAAUUCGCAUCACGACCAGAAUAUCCGACUCUAUUUCCUGGUAGUCGAUACACUGCAGAAAUGGGUGGCAUGAUUAUUACUGGAUUUGAUCGUGGCAAUCCUUUGAAUAUCAUCGUAAGAGGACAACUGGCACUACCUUAUCAUCCGUUGAAGCCAGAUACCACGAUUUAUGAUGAUGGCCACCCAGUUGACCUCCAACGCGAUCAACAAGCCGAGAAGCUUUUCAAUUACAUUCUCGAUCGUGUUGGCGAGUAUAAAUUUAAGAUCCCACUACCACCUCUUGUUGAUGGUGAUAGAGACCAUUUAGAAGCAGGACGCGACGGUAAUGGGGAUGGGUCGAGAACAAUCAGCGAGGUUGAGAAUAGAGCCAGUGUUGCUCCGCAAUCUGCCGCAAGUGAGAAAUCAUCUGCUGCCGAAGAAAUGGUACCCGUGGCAUCGGAUAGGCUCACUGGCAGAGCUCAUUUGGAGCCAGGAGUUCCAGCUGUGCAUACGGCUGCUUACAAAGCCCGCGAGAUUGGAUGGCAGCUUAGGGAUGGUGUCGGCAUUGAAUCUGAUCUUGACCUUGAACGUUCGACGAGCAAGGAGAAUGCUACACUUGGGUCGGUGUUUGAUGACGCAAUUCGACAAUACAUGAGAAUGAUUGAUUUCACACCCCUCGAUCUCAGACUUAUCAACUGGCAUGUUGCAAACCUCGAAUAUAGUAAUGCGAUUACUUGCAAUAAGUUGAGUUUGGGGGGUUGGGAUUUAGAUGCUGGGAAUGAAUGGGAAGGCAAGCACACAAUGGUCACAGGAGGCUACCAGCAAGUCCCCCGAGGUUUAUUGAAUUUUCCACGGUUACUAGAUGUGAAGAAAAAGAGUGCAGUGAAACGCAUUUGUUAUAAUCCUCAUGGUACUAUUUCUUCAAGUAGGAUUGACUGUGAAAAUGGCGAGUCAAUAGAGGCGAAUUAUAUCGUUUCCACUAUCCCGCUAGGUGUUUUAAAGCGGAACAAGAUCGAAUUCGAACCAAAAUUACCUUCAUGGAAAACCGGGGCAAUUCAGCGAAUUGGAUACGGAAUCCUCAAUAAAAUCAUACUGGUCUUCAAAGAGCCUUUCUGGGAUCAAGGUCGAGAUAUUUUUGGGACUCUUCGUAAUCCACCCAACAAGUCCAGUUUGGAACAAGGAGAAUAUUUCACUCACAGAGGAAGGUUUUUUCAGUGGUUCAAUUGCACCAAUACUUCUGGGGUGCCAACUCUAUUAGCUCUUAUGGCUGGUGAUGCAGCAUUUUACACGGAGAAGACCUCAAACGAAGAAUUGGUAACUGAGGCUACAACAGUUCUACGAGGAGUUUUCGGUGAUCACAUCCCUAUGCCUGUAGAGUCAAUUGUGACUCGUUGGGGUCAAGACCAAUUUUCUCGCGGUAGUUAUUCUUACACAGGGCCAAAUUUUCAAAGUGAUGAUUAUGGGGUUAUGGCAAAGCCUGUUGGCAAUCUCUUCUUUGGUGGAGAGCACACUUGUGGUACACAUCCAGCCACCGUUCAUGGAGCUUACAUCUCAGGUCUCAGGGCAGCCUCCGAGGUAUUAGAGUCUAUCAUUGGACCAAUAGAAAUACCAGAACGUCUUGUUCUACCCAAAGAGUCAGCGUCAAAGAGAAAGGCCGAGGCCAUUGAAGUGCCCAAGGAUCCAAAACAAGCUCGUCUCGAGGCGUAUGAAAUCGAAAUAUGGAAUGCGAUAUAUGCCAAGCUUGGUGAUCGACCUUGGAAGCCUUCGAAGAACCACUCUAAUUCCUAUCAAAUGUACAGUAAAGACACAUGGGAGGAAGCCAAAAGAAAAUGCGAGGAAGGACGACGACCAGGAAAAGGUAAACCGAUCACCAACGAAGUUAAGAAAAUGAUCACGAAAAUGUGGAAUGAAGCUCCAGAGGAUAUAAAGAAACCUUAUAUUGACAAGGCUCUCGAACGAAAGCAUAUUUAUCAAGAAGCUAUUACGGAUUAUAAUGUAAAGUCAUCGAAGUGGGACAAAGAUGCUUGGGAUUUCCGAGUACAAUACGAAAAAGACCACCCAAGCUUGCCGGGUCCAGAUGAAGAUAUUGGUAGUCCUUGGAGACGCGAUAGAAGAGCUAAGAGAACGAGUGGCUAUGCUGAAGAUUCUGAAUCGGAACUGGAUUUGUAAAAUGGAUUCCUGGGUUUGCAUUGCAUUCGCAUUGUACGAUAAGUAUGGGGUCAUGAUUCAUUACAAUGGAGUUAUUACAUUGGUCCGGGGCACUUUCAAAGGGGUGGUGGUUAAACUCUGGCGUAUGGGUGAAACUCUGAUGGAAGGAACUUGGUCCAAACAGGAGGACGGUGAAUGGAUGGGUUGCAUAUAGCUGAUUUUUCUUGCUUGGGUCUUUUUUGGCUCAAUGUUGUAUGUACGCCUGAAGUAGCAUAUACAUAAUUUCUCAAUGCAAUACAAAACGUUGCUUGUAAAUAUCCUGACUUUCCUGGUUUCA